AUAUUUCAUUAUAAAUUAGGGAUCAGUGGUCAAGCAAGACGAUGAGUGAGGGUGGGACGUUUGUAGUUCCUGGUAAGCCACCUCCAAGGCCUGUAGGCAGGAAAGUAUCCAGGUUAGCAGAAAAACGAGGCUCUUUGCCUGCAAGUAUCAUUAAUGCCGACAUCAGCCGACUGAAGCUUGGAAGACAUCAAUCGCAACCUAAAUUGUCACGAGAUGAAGGUGGAGGUUCGUUGAGUAAUCUGCUAAUUCAAAGAGGGCGCUCUAACAGUAUUACACAAUUAGAUAGCUUUAAGAAGACACUAAGUGCCAGUAAUUUAGCUGCUUUAUCCGACAGCAACCUGUCCAUCACGAAAGCUCUUCCAUUUAAAAGCUAUGAUAAGCCUAACACAGCGAGCAGCAUCAUCAAAGAUUACUGGCAGCAGCUGGUCAAACGCUACUUCUUUCAGAUCACAGAAGGCUGCGGCAAUGAGCAUUGUAAAAACAAGUUCUGUGCCUCAAGUAAAGAUUGUUUGCAUGUGCUAAAUAAAGGGAAUGCAGUAAUAAUAAGCAUACAACUAGCAGCACAUCAGAAGCAAUAUAUUUGCAUAUCAGAAAAGUUGAUUGGUCGUUGCUUGCCAAAAGAUGCACUCCAGCCAGAAGAAGACCAACCGACACCUUUCUUAUAUUCCUUAUACUCUUGUACACCAUUUGCAUCACUGUUCGUAGAUAAAGGUGAACCAGAAUCGCUUUCCUGUGAGGACUGGCCAGACACAUCUAUAAAAGCAUCAAGUUUUGAUAAUAUAAUGUCCACCAGUAAAAAGAAAGAUUACAAAACAAUAGGUCAGCAAAAUUGUAUGAGAGUCUCUCAGUCAUUGGCUGAUUCGGAGCAGUUGGUAUCAAGGAAGUAUUGUGUUUCCCAGUAUUCGUCAACAGUGAAAAAUGAUGAAUCUAGAUUGAACCAGUUAAGAAGUCUGUCGAUUGAUUUGAGUAAAGUUGGUGGGGGCGCUAUUGCUAAUGUUCAAUCUGCUGUUGGUUCGGACCAUCGUCAUCAUAGCUACAACAGUUUACCAGCACUAAGGUCUGUCAGUGGAAGUCUACUAUCUGCUGGUAGUUGCCAUAAUAGUUCGUCAAACUCAGGAUUGAGUUUACAUUCACACUCAAGUGUGAACUCACAUUCUCUCUCAAACACUCUACCUUUUACUCCAAGUCCAAUACCAAGCCACGAAGCAUUAACGGAGACAGACGAUCUAGUGGCUUUUGAGCGAUCCUUGUCUCGUGAGAUGUCGCUUGAGACACCGUCUGAGUUUUCACUUACACACUUGACUUUGGAAAUGUUGAAGGCUCCUGUUGACCACUAUAAGCAGUGCUCAGAUCCAUCUUUUUUGAUUAACACAAUAAGAACUGUGUUUACAUCAUCAGAUGCCCUUAAUUCAAGUUUUCUUCUCAAAGAAGAUGACAUAUGCAGUGGAGUUGACCUGGAAGCAGUUGACAGGGCAUAUGACCUUCUUUUGAACUUGUAUCCACCUGAUGUCUUCCAAUCCACAAUGAAUAAUUCACUUGAGAUCCUGAUGUCUUCCAUUCAUCCUGCUUCCAUUCAAUCUUCAGAAAUUAACCAGUUUCAGAUACUUCUAGCAAGCCCUUUGUUUGUUGGGAGUCAUGAACUCCUACGCAAGCUGUGUGCAAUACUGGGGGCGCUGUGUAAGUCAGCAAAGAGAGCUAUUGUAAGAGUGUUGAGCUGUUAUGACAAGAAGACAUUUCAGAAGCUUAUUGCGAUGUUUAAUGUCCAUCUUUCAGCCACACUGCACCCACAACAAGGGUCCGAAGGCAAUUUAAUUGAUGCAGCCAAAGUUCUUCAAAUUCUGUACGAUGCGAACACACAUUCCGGCAAGACGCUAGCAGCUCGUGAACAAUUCUACUCUGAUGAUCUCUCAAGAAAGCUUGAUUACAAGACUGAGUACAGUAAAUGGAGAUUAAGUCAAGAAGCAGACAGUACAAGGAAUCCAACAAGUGCAGCAGCUAAUCAGUUUACAUCUCUUCUAAACUUUCCUUUCCUCUUUGAUCCAGCUUCUAAAGUGCAAGUGCUACAUUUUGAUGCCGUCCUUCAGAUGAGACAGGAGUACCAAUCAGCCAUUCUACACCAAGCACGUGUGAAUCAAGCACAGAAGUAUAUUAGAGAAGGCAGUCGUUUCAACAAGAUCUCGGACUGCGUCAAAUCCGCCAUCUGCCCCUUCCUUGUUCUGGAUAUCCGUCGGGAUCACCUUAUCCCUGACACGUUGGCUCAAAUCAGAAUCAAGCAGUCUGACCUCAAGAAACCACUCAAGAUUAAGUACAUAGGAGGUGGAGAACAGGGACUGGAUAUGGGAGGGUUACAGAAAGAGUUCUUCCAGCUGUUAACUGGAUCCAUCUUUGAGCCUAGCUAUGGCAUGUUUCUGGAAGCUGAAGAAACAAGACUUUUAUGGAUCAAUGGUGGAUCCUUAGAGUCUGAUGAUGAGUUUGAACUGGUGGGAACCAUCCUAGGCCUAGCAAUCUACAAUGGCAUCAUACUAGAUGUUCACUUCCCUAACCUGAUCUAUAAGAAGCUACAUGGAGAGAAGCUAAGCCUAGAUGAUUUGAAAGAGGUCCAGCCGACGAUAGCCAGAAGCUUGCAAGAUUUACUUGACUAUGAGGGCGACGUUGAGGAAACAUUUUGUCAAACAUUCCAGAUAUCACUCAACUGUUUCAGUGAAGUCUUCACCGUUGACCUAAUCCCAAAUGGUUCUCAGGUGUUCGUUACAAACAAGAACCGGCAAAAUUAUGUCGACUGUUAUGUCAAGUACAUCCUUACGGACAGUGUUGCUAAGCAAUUUGAGGCUUUUUCCCGUGGCUUUCAUUUAGUCUGUGGUGGCCCAGCCUUGAAACUUUUCCAAGCUGAGGAGACGGAGCUACUGGUCUGUGGUAAUCCCGAGCUGGAUUUCAAAGCUCUUGAAGCCUGUACCACUUAUGAAGAUGGAUUCACAAGAUAUCAUCGAACGAUAAAAGCAUUCUGGAGUGUUGUGCACAGCUUGAAUCAGAAUCAGAAAAAGAAACUCUUAAAUUUUAUUACAGGAAGUGACAGAGUACCAGUGAAAGGUUUAUCCAGUCUGCCAAUAGUCAUUCAAAGACACGGACCAGAUAGUGACCGUCUUCCAACUGCUAUGACUUGCUUUAAUCGUUUACUACUUCCAUCGUAUUCAAGCAAAGAAAAGUUGAGGAAUCGCAUUACAAUAGCAUUAGAAAAUGGAAAAGGAUUCGGCCUGACAUAAGACUACAUAAUAAAUUAAUACUUGCCAGUGGUGCAUUUAAGAAAAAUAUGGUUAGUACCCUCACAAGGUAGUAUGGGUAUAUAUCAUGCAUUCUUCGUAAUAUGGGUAGUUGGUGUCAUGCUCACUGUGUUUGUUCUGCAGUGGGUUCAGUAGUGGCUCCAGGAAUUUGCCGACAUAGGGGUGCAAACCAAGGAGCCAACUAGUGCCUUGUUCAAGGUCCCUGAACAAAAUCCUUCGUAGGGACCAAUGUGUAGAGUUUUUCUUGGUUUUUAUGGCCCAUAUUUGUACUUUAAACAAUAUUAAGAAUUAGCAACCAAAGUAGCAUUAUUUUCAUGGGCCAAUUAAUAUUUUUUUGGCAAAAAAUACGUCAACUAUGGUAGGGGUAUUUUCUACGUAAUAGAAGCCUGGUUCUCACGAGAGCCCUAGUAACCGGAUCGGGAGCUAACUGUUAGCGUUAAUCGUUAGCACCUAUGUGAGAAUGCCCGAUCGGUUAGCGCUAACCGUUAGAAGUAUCCGGAUACUGCUAACAGUUAGCAAGCGCUAUCAGUUAGCAAGUUGAACGCCUUUCUAUCAUCAACCAAUCACACGUAGGUGUUU